GUUUGCGGAAAAACAACAGCUAAGCAGCGUUCAGCAGGAGACAGUUAGCACAACAGGCUAUCUAGGCUAGUUCAUAAUGUCUUGAGCAGCAAAGCUUUCAGCUAGCGUCAAAAGAACUGACCAUUUUGAGUGGUAACAGGUCAGGCGUUGUUGGGAAAGUGUUAAGUUAGUGCGCAGAGUCGGUAUAUGAAGUCGACAAGUGUUGGUUAGUGCGCUAGCUAAUCCUGUCGUUUGCGUCAAGUUAGCUCAGUUAACCUAGCCUAGCUGCUAAACAACACUGUUUUUUAGAAGUCAGAGUUAGUACAAGCCUUUUGGACUGUGGAAUAAGUUACACCAGUCUGCUUAACCAGGAAAGUCUGAGUUAAUAUCCAGGUGGUCAAAGAAGACGAGCUCAAAUGUCCAGUGAAGAACAGCUGGCCAUGUUGUGCCCAAGUUGUGCAGAUAUCUCCUCCAGCUAAGAGCGUCUGGAUCUGAAUGAACAGUCACAUUCAAACUACUGUAGAUUCAUAAUACACUAAAGUAAGAAGACAUGACGACGGAGACAUUCGUCAAGGACAUCAAGCCAGGACUUAAGAACUUAAAUGUCAUCUUUAUCGUGCUGGAAACAGGAAGGGUCACGAAAACCAAAGAUGGGCACGAGGUGCGCACCUGCAAGGUGGCUGACAAGACAGGCAGCAUCAGCAUAUCAGUGUGGGACGAGGUAGGAGGACUCAUCCAGACCGGUGACAUCAUCAGGCUUACCAAAGGGUAUGCUUCAGUUUUCAAAGGCUGUCUCACUCUGUAUACCGGGAGAGGAGGGGAGCUGCAGAAGAUUGGAGAGUUCUGCAUGGUGUACUCUGAGGUGCCAAACUUCAGUGAGCCUAAUCCAGAGUAUUUGGCACUAAUGAACAAAACGGGGCUCAAUGACCAAGGAAACAACAUGAACAGCAGCGGUAAUGGUUCAGGUAAUGACACUACCAAUGGAAAUGGAGUAAAUUCUCAAACUGCCAGCUCCACUAACGCGCAGCAGGGCGGGCGAGCAAGCAGUGGGAACGGAAGCAGAGCUGCAGCAGGGAGCACUGUGAGUAAUGGAAAAGAGACGAGGCGUUCUGCCAAAAGAUGAUCGGAGCACAGAGCUUCUCAUCUACCAGCAACAGUGGGAGAUCAUGGGCUUCCCUGAAGGCUCUGGCCACUGAAAUACUCAGCUCAUUUUAUCACCCAGCUCACAAGCAGGUAAAGCAAGAGGAAAACUGAUUUUCAUCACCAAAUUUGACAUUUGGGGGGAAAAAAAGUGUCAAGUUGUUGUGUUAAAAAGAUAUGAGCAUGUCCAAAAGAGCAAAAGAAACAUCUGGAAAUAUGCAUCCUACACAAAUGGUUGACUAAAUGUGGUUUGUCUUUAAUCCUAAAAUGCUAUGUUAAAACUGUAGUUCCAUUUCCUGUAUGAAUACAUGCAUUCCUGGUUAGUCUGAAAGGACCUUAUUCUACCCUCCUUGACUACAAGAUCAAUGUUGGCCAAGAGGUCCAUUUUUAAGUUUUUAGAAGAGGUAAUGAAUGUUAUUGGAAAAGUAAAUGUGCAGAAUGUGAAAUAUGCCCUCUAGUUUCAUUUCACCUCUGACACAUUUAUAAAUAUAACAAACAGGAUGUCUCUGACACUAAAGCUGGCUUUACAGAGUGAAAGUUUCAUGCAGCUGUAGUUGAAAUUUUUGUGAAACUACAUUGCACUUAAGUUGCAUAAUGUAAAGGAUCCUGCAACUCUCUUGAAACAGUUGCAACAAGUUUCAUGAAAUGGCCAAUCAAAAUACUGAUAACUUGUAACUUUACUGGGAAGCUGAAAGGAGCCUCCUGAGCCACAACAACAAAUAAACGAGUUUCUUGAAGCUAAACGUUUCUGAAACCAGCUGGUUUAACGUGCCAGCUAACGCUAACAGUUACUUAAAUGGCUGCUAGAUUCAAAUUCUCCCUAUAGUAAACCAUAUAUAUGUGUGUGUAUAUAUAUAUAUAUAAAAUUACUGUUGUCAGAAGAAAACCUUGUAUCUCCGAAACGGUAACUUUACAGGAGAACAGAAAAACAUGUAAUGUAAGUCAGUGGAACCAGAAUUUUUGCAAAG